AUGAGCUCAUCACCAGACGGCCCAACGAGCCCAGAAGACCUACACAUCGCAUCGGAGCGCGUCACUCUUGAUGCUCGGUACGAAGAACUACAUCCGCUUGACACGGACGGCCAUAACUCGGUCUCCAGAUUACUCAGUGAAUCUUCAUUGAGCAAGGUCAACCAAUACCUGGAUGAUCUUGCUGUAGCUUUUGGCAAACUGUCUCCUGAAGUCACCCCCCUCUUCCGUGAUUCGAUGUGGCAUAACGUCCUUUCCAGAAAACCUUCUGCCCACACCGCCAUGGCCUCCUUUUGGAGAUUAGAUCGCAACUUGGAAGCAGAGUUCGUCAGGCUUGUGUUCUUUCAUCAACAUCCGAUGUUAGCUACCACAGAAUCCCCAAUGUCCAUGAAUAAAAUGCUGGAGGUAGUCACAACCUCGUCCUCAGACCUGCGCGACCACAUCGCAAUCCUCAGGGAAGGUUACAGCCAUGAAUACCUGAGAAAGGAGAUAAUUGUGAAACCAAUCCUCAAGUCUCUCAGCAACUACGCGGAAGAAUGGGUUUCCACCAAAUAUCUCGCCCCAUACACCGCCUUGGUUGGGCCGAGCAUGUGUGGAAAGACUCGCUUACUCAUGGAACUUUCGAAAAGUAUAUGUGUCGUCUACAUCUCCCUUCGCCCAAGGGGGUCGACUGGAGAACCCCCAAGGUCUGUGCUCGCGGACGAAUUCCAACUUUGCCACAAAAGCGUAUACGAACUCGUGGCACAUUAUUACCGACUUCUGGCUGCUAUUUUCGACGUGGUGGCAGAGUUUUUCUCCCGUCAAUACGCCGGCCGUGAGGAGGAGGACCGACUGUUGGAAUGGUACACCUACAAUCAUGAAUUCGGAGGUUACCUGACAAGUCGGGUCGGACACACAAUGGAGGAAUUGGGCAAGAACGAAUGGAGUGCUUCUGCCGCCUUGACGAAAAAAAUAGAGAAGUUGGAAAGAAGUACACGCUUUAUCAAGAAUCCGAAACUGAAGGUGAUGUUGGCCUUUGAUGAGGCACGGGCUCUCGUCGACCAACAAACGAGGGAAGCUGAGAGUUUGCUGUACUUUGACGUGCUUCGUCGGGUUUUAUCCGAGGUACCGUCCAACCUUGGAUUCUUUGCCAUCUUAGCAGACAGAUCAUUAACCAUGGCGGAUUACUACCCUAAUCUGCGCACCGAAUUCGGCGCACCUACGCUCGGCCCCAAGGAGCUAUACGAACCGAUAUACGCAAUUAGCACCUUUGACUCCAAGGUUCCCCCCUCUCCACCGACUACGUGGGACGAGUUGCUAUCACCACCAAGGCUGUUCAGUUACGGAACCCCGUUUUUCCGGAUUUACGCCGAGGGGGCCGAGAAAAAGGGCAUCCCGUACUACAGAAUCGCUACAACGGUCCAGCAGAUGGCCCUCAACAAGCUACUUGCCAUGCCACGCCCAUCUCAGGAACUAUCCGAGAGUAACGUUUUCGCUUUGCUAGGUUGCACAAUCCAGCCACCGAUGCACAAAGCCGGCAAGAUAAAUUCUGAGUUGGUCUCGAGUCAUAUGGCUCAGUGCUUGUACUUAUCACCACCUUCCGCCAGAGUGAUCAGCGAGUACCCGUCACAGUUUACGUUGUCCAUGGCGGCCAACCAGUACCUCGCAAGCGAGGAUUGCAGGCUUGUUUCCUGCAUCAAAACUCUCACUGUGUUCACGCGAGAAGGACUCAUAUCCACCGAAAAUUCUGGGGAACUGGCUGCUAGAAUCAUCUUGUUGCGGGCAAUGCAGCAAGCUAUGUCGACUUCCCCUAUCACAACCAACCAAACACAUAUUCCAUACGGCUGUUCGGUUCGAUUGGUGGACUUCUUGGAGGCCUUAACUGGAAUCAAAGAAGCGGACUUGAAACUGGACAUGAAUGACCACGUCUCGUUCUGCGGAGUAACGGUGAAGAACGAGUCUUUUAGUUUCAAACUGGAAGGCCCCGAGUGGAAUUCGCAAUCCGCGGGCGUCAAACUCGACGACAGCAUUCCAUAUCUCUUCAUUCUCUUAAGUUUCAAAACCACGGGAACUAACUACACGCUCCCCCCGAUUCCUCAACGCGGAUCUCUCAUCUUACAUGGCCUGGACAGCAUCAAAUGUCUCACGCCCGAAAUUUCCGGCGCCUUGGAAGAGCUAAUAAGUGUCUGCCCAGAUAUUCGGGAGUUCAUGGGGAACACCCCAGCCACCAGACGCUUCAUUGAAUCAAUUCGCCCUGGCGUCUACUCCAACUCCGAGCAUGGACAGCGAUCUGGAUGA